AUGAUGAAUAACAAUGACUCUGAAUCCAAUACAGGUCUUCCUCAUGAUCUCAUCAUGGAUGAUAUACUCACUAGAGUUCCUAUUGAGUCUGUGGUCCGGUUCACUAGUGUAUGCAAAUUAUGGUCCAAAUACCUCUUAAACGACAAGAGAUUUGCUCUUCUUCAUCAAAAGAACUCUCCUUACUCAUCACCUCCAGGCAUCAUUAAUUCCAAGCUCGAUAAAAAUACUUAUCAAUAUUAUAUAUCAUUAUUUGAUUUUGAUAAGAAUCAAAGAAACAUUAUUAGGUUUAGACCAGAAACUGAUUAUUAUCGGCUUAGUUAUAUGAAAAUUAAGCAAUCUUAUAAUGGCUUACUUCUGUUUCAUCGAUGUAAAUAUUAUUAUGAUUACAUCGUUUACAACCCGAUUACGAGUCGUUCUAUUAAUAUCCGGAUACCUGUUGUGGUAGGAUUAUGGGAUUGUGAAUUUCGUUUGGCAUAUGACCCUGUCGGGGAGAAUUAUAAAGCCGUGUGUUUGGGUGGGCAUGUUGAUAAGAAUUUCUGCAAGAUCUUAACACUUGGAGAAUUUGGAAGGGAUUCUUGGAGAAAUCUAGUGAAGCCCGGUUUCCGUUUCGAUAAACCUUACAACUCUCCGGGGAAGGAGUGGUUUUCUCAAAUAGUGUUUCAUGAAUGUUAA